AUGUAUUCAAAUUCAAGUUUCUCUCUCUUUGAGGGGUUAACAAAAGACAAGGUGGUACUUGUUGGAGAAAAUGAAAAUGGUCACAACAUUACAAAUUUUACAACCAAUGGUGGAAGAAAACAUCACAUAUCAUAUGACUACAUAAAAGGAGGCUAUAACAAUAGUGAUACCAUGUCAAAGGUGCACGGUAAAAAUCAAAAUGGUACUACAACUCAAGGAAGAUCAUUAUCUAAAACAAUAGGUUUGAAGAGUGGCUUAUUGAUAAGUUCCCCAACUGAUUCAACUCUACACACUAAAAUCCAUGAGGACAAAGAGAAAUUGCUUGAUGGACUUUUAGCUUCUAGAUUUGAUGAUGCAUCAUGCAUAAGUAGGCUACAAUUUCAUUUAUACCGCAAAGUUUCUCCUCAUAAACCUUCUUCAUAUUUGAUAUCUAAACUAAGAAACUAUGAAAAAACUCAUAGAAUGUGUGGACCUAAUAGUAGAGCUUUCAACAAAAGCAUGACAAAGAUUCUACAUUCUAAAAACAACAAAGGUGGUGCUACAAUGUGCAAAUACCUUAUUUGGACACCUUCAAAUGGUUUAGGGAACCAAAUGAUUAGUAUGGUUGCAACAUUUCUUUAUGCUCUUCUCACAAACCGUGUGUUGCUU